AUGUUCGCGUUCAAGGCUAGACAGACAGUAUUCUGCGGGGCUGUAUCGGCAGCUGCCUUUUUCGUGCCUUCUUCUGUCAUUCACAAUGAAUCCAAGAGAGCAUUCUACCAAGAUCUUGAAGAUGACUUGACGGUGACAAACGGUGCUGCUAGUAACAACAAGUCGCUUCUAGAUGAACAACUUUAUACCCCAGCUAAGCACGACAACUUGGAAGUCACUUAUACCGAUGGCAUGACCAUUGCCUCUUCUAAGUUCCUCGAACAGAAGCUCAAUGUCUUGAGAAAUUGGACCAUUGGCCAUUUGGACUAUUACUUCUACGAAUAUGAAACUGCUAAAUCAUCCAUGAACAACGAAUUGGAUGCCCUCAAGACCAAAUAUCACUCUAUUGUGGCUGAACCAGUGUUGCCUAACUUGAUCUAUAUCUUGACUGGGGCCCUCAGCGGUUCAGUGAUGGUUAAUAAGAAAGCGUUACCAAUAAGAUUUAUCACUCCAUUGAUAUUUGGUUCCGCUUGUUAUGGAUACUUCAUGCCAAAGAGUUUUGACAACACCAGAGCUAAUGUGUGGAAUUACGAAAAGGAAAACUUCCCACAUUUUGCCAAGGGUCACAUUGAAUUUUUGAUCAAGAUGGAAAAAAACAAGAAAUGUAUGGAAAAGAAAUUGGAGAAAACUAACCAGUGCUUAAUCAAGAAAGUACACUGCACUAGAACAGCUGUGAAGAAAUUCUUGGAUUUUUAA